AUGACCCUAGAGCAGAAACCAGCUAAAGGCACAAGCCUAACAGAAGCUCUUACAGUGGAUCGACAUGCUAGCUCAGCAAAAUUUCUAAGGUCUUUUGGAGCAUUCUGGAGCAUAUGGGACGAGAGGAGCAUGGAGGACUUGGCACAUGGACGCAGCUCAACUGGAUACGCAAAGGAAGAAGGAGGAAGCCAUCUUGAAGACCAGCUCGACCAUCUACUCGACCAACCGGUCGAGUUCCUCAACUCGACCGGCCAAGCUUCAACUCGAUCGAGCUGA